AUGCGAAUUCUUUUUUUCUUAUUUUUACUUUUCCAUUCUUUUCGAUCAGAUGAUUUAUCAGAUUGUGCAAGUAAUGUGCAAAAAGCGACUGGAUCACUUAUCGGAAUAGUUUGUCAACUUAUCAAAUAAUUUCAGACUUAUUAUAUUUUCUUUUAGAUUAAUGGAAAAUGCAUCGCUGUUUCGAGAAACACAGUAGCUGCAAAAUCUGCGACAGCUUGUAAAACAGUCGGAAUAAAUCUGACAAAAUUAUCGAUUGAUGAUUUGCAAGAAAACGAGGACAUUCGAAGUAACCUUUCAACUCUUUCGUAUUUCUUUCAAUCAUAUCAAUUUUCAGUUUUACUUGAAGACAAUUUCAUAACACAGGCUUAUAUUGGUUUGAGUACAGAUGGAAGUGGAACAUGGAGUUGGGAGAAUUCCGACACUUCAGAUUUUCGAAAUUGGGAUACUCCUCCAGUUAUUGUUAGCACUACAACUUCAAUACCAGUUAGAUCAACAUGUAAGACUAGAUUCCAAUCAAAAUUCUAGAAAAAUAAAUGUUUUAGUACCUCCAUCAUCGCAAAGAAGAUCAACAGCAGUUGUGAUUGGAAUUGAUGCCAGUUUAUUCUCAACAACUUCAUGGACUUUUGCGGUAAGUUCACCGCAACAUUAAAAACUUUUGCUAUCAGUUGUCUAAAAAAUUAAUACCAUCUUAUCGCCUCUUCCCACACAUAAUGACUAAACUACAAAUUCUUUCUAGCAAAUUGAUUUCGCAACUUCUCUUGCUGAUUAUAUCUCACCUCGCGGACCAUCGGAAUUUGCUAUCUUCGCUUAUGGUUGCACUCAAAUAUCGCCAUACAUUGUUCAAUUUCCAAACUUUGUUUCAACUUAUGAAGAUGUUCUCAAAAUGAUAUCAAAUCUCAAUGAAACUAUUUUACAUGAUUGUGUUCGAGAAAAUCCUUUAGAUUUUUCAACAAUGUUCAAUUAUCAACAAUGGACAUAUUUCAAUCGAUAUAAUACUUCACCAAGACCUUUCAAAUCCACAUAUAUUUCAAUGAUUUAUUUCAGCUCUUCUUCGUAGGUUUUUUUCCAAAAUUAUUUUAUUCUUUGAGAACAUAAAACAUAAAUGUUCCAGAGAUUCUAACAAUAUUAACAACGCGAAGAAACUGUAUACAAUGCCAGACAGUAGUGUUAUCACAAUCAGUGUUGGAAAUCAAGCAACAAGUAUUUCUCAACUAUCACUUCCAGCUGUAACAAAUUGGAUCAGAGUAACAACAUCUGAUGAAAUUCGAGAUUUAGUUCCGACAAUCGAUAACAUUAUAUUCGGAACAGGAGCAGAAUCAUCUUCAGAUUCCAAAGUUCUCGCGACAGCAACUGAUUGUGCAUUUAUGAAUUCGGAGGAUGGAAAAUGGUAUCCAAAUGGAAAUUGUACUACAAAAUUAAGAAUGUUAUGCGAAUAUAUUCUGACUCCAAGAGAACCUGCUACUACAAAAACUCCGACUGAUAGUUGGAGUGAUCCAUGUUAUACAGAAUCAACGAAUUUCAAAUAUUAUCCAACAUUGGCAAACUCCAAGUGUUAUAAGGUAUACUAAUCGAAAAAUUUUACAAUAAACAAUCUAUUACUUUAGGUUUCUUCAGUGCAGCAAAAUUUCGCAACAUCAACUAACUUAUGUUUGGGAAAUUCAGAAACGUAUAAAAUUGAGCCAAUAUUGACAUCAAUUUUGAAUCAACAAGAAGAUACUCAAUUGAAUGAUUUGGUGAAGGAUUCAACUGAUGGAAUGUUCUGGAUAGGUUUGAGACGAGAUCCGGACAACUCAGAAAAUUGGAAGUUUUUGAACGGCGAUCCAGUGACCUACAGUAAUUGGAGAGAUGGUUAUCCAAAAACAGCGGAUGGUUGUGAUUGUGUUGCUUAUGUUUCUGUUGAUCAAAAAUGGAUAAAUACAGAUUGCAACAAAAAACUGUUUUCGAUAUGUUCAUUCGAAUUUAAUGCGACCAUUUAUCAAUGA